GUGUGUGACGUGUUCAUAAUUAUUGUACGAUCAUUUUUACGAAUAUCAACUAUGGCCACUUUUAUCGAAAUGUCUAGCCGGCAGCAACUAAACCCGAAUAUAAUAGGAUCCAACGAAGACAGUGACUCCGAAUCCAAAACAUGUGGGAAGAUCCUGGUGGUACUGUCCUGGAUAGUGGUACUCGCUACGAUGCCGUUUUCGCUUUUCGUGUGUUUUAAGGUCGUUCAAGAAUACGAGAGGGCUGUAAUAUUUCGAUUGGGACGACUACUAUCCGGUGGUGCUAAGGGACCUGGUAUUUUCUUCAUACUACCCUGCAUUGACACUUACGCUCGCGUAGACCUUCGAACACGCACCUACGAUGUCCCCCCUCAGGAGGUGCUUACUAAGGACUCUGUAACGGUGUCCGUCGAUGCAGUCGUCUACUACCGCGUACAUAAUGCUACAAUUUCUAUCGCCAACGUUGAAAACGCGCACCAUUCAACCCGACUGUUGGCCCAAACAACUCUCCGCAAUACAAUGGGAACACGACCUCUUCACGAGAUCCUUAGCGAGCGCGAAACGAUCUCAGGGAAUAUGCAAAUUUCACUCGACGAAGCGACCGAGGCUUGGGGAAUUAAAGUGGAGAGGGUGGAAAUCAAGGAUGUGCGUCUGCCUGUGCAAUUGCAACGCGCGAUGGCAGCUGAGGCCGAGGCAGCAAGGGAGGCACGUGCUAAGGUCAUCGCCGCUGAAGGAGAGCAGAAAGCCUCCAGAGCGCUCCGAGAAGCUUCUGAAGUAAUUGGUGAUAGUCCCGCUGCUCUGCAACUACGUUACCUGCAG